ACCACCGCGAUGGCAACCAGGAGAAGCCAAACUUGCUCCUCCGGCCGGAAUCGCGCUGGGCUCUCUCGCGGUGCUCAUGGCGCUCUACGAGCUCUUCUCUCACCCGGCCGAGCGCGGCUACCGCGCGGGGCUCUGCUCCAAGGCCGCGCUCUUCCUGCUGCUGGCCGCCGCGCUCACCUACAUCCCCCCGCUGCUGGUGGCCUUCCGGAGCCACGGGUUUUGGCUGAAGCGGAGCAGCUACGAGGAGCAGCCGACCGUGCGCUUCCAGCACCAGGCGCUGCUCGUGGCCCUGCUGGGGCCCGAGCCCGGAGCCUUCCUCGCCUGGAGCACGUUCCCCGCCUUCAACCGGCUGCAGGGCGACCACCUGCGCGUCCCUCUCGUCUCGAGUAGAGAAGAAGAUAGGAACCAGGAUGGGAAAAUGGACAUGUUGUAUUUUAAACUUGAGCUUCCUCUGCAAUCCACAGAGCAUGUUCUUGGUGUGCAACUCAUUCUGACCUUCUCCUACCAAUUGCAUAGGAUGUCAACAUUUGUGAUGCAGAGCAUGGCAUUUCUCCAGUCCUCCUUUGCUGUUCCUGGGUCACAGUUGUACAUCAAUGGCGAGCUGAAGCUGCUACAGAAGCAGCCACUGAGCUACAGUGGCCUGGAUGUCCGAUACAAUGUGUCAGUGAUCAACGGGACCAGUCCUUUUGCCCACGACUAUGACCUCACCCACAUUGUUGCUGCCUACCAGGAAAGGAAUGUUACCACAGUCCUAAAUGACCCCAACCCCAUCUGGCUGGUGGGCAGGGCCGCGGAAGCUCCAUUUGUGAUUAAUGCUAUCAUCAGAUACCCGGUGGAAGUCAUUUCCUACCAACCAGGCUUUUGGGAGAUGAUAAAGUUUGCCUGGGUCCAGUACGUCAGCAUCCUGCUCAUCUUCCUCUGGGUGUUUGAAAAGAUCAAAAUAUUUGUGUUUCAGAAUCAAGUAGUGACCACCAUCCCUGUAGCAGUGCCCUGGGGAGAAGUGUGUAAGGAGCACUUAUCCUAAGUGGACCAUUUCUGGAGACUUAGGACCAUUGGCUACCUCAUUGUCAUCUUCUGAGAACUGCCAUCUUACAACAUCUCUGAACAAGGCCCAGAGGACAUUUGCGGCGCGUGUUUUCCCUCAAAGAAGAGUUCUUUCCAGUUUUGCACUAUAUAAGCUCCCUACCUUCAAGCACCAAGGAAAUUGUCAGGGACUGGUUUGUGGUAAAGUCACAGGAUUCUGGUUCUUGUUCACAUGUUAGCCUAAAUUUCAGGAGAAAAUUACAGUCAAUUUAGGCUUCUUGGAAAGAGUCCCAUCUUGUUCAAGCAAAGACUCUUCGUCUUUUGAACCAGGAGACAUGACUUCUUGCCCCUGAUUGUCAACCACUUUUUACCCUUUUCAGGGCUGUCAUGAUAAAUGUGCAAAUCCCCAGUACUGUCCACUCCAGGGGAGCUUUUGAUUUCCAGAAUCCUUUAACUGGAGAACUGAAGGGGUGUGGCCAAGUACAAGAGCCCCCAAAACAUGUGCACGAGGGUCCGUGACUUAAGGACAGGAGGCCAGACACCUGCCCUCAGUCUAACAGACAUGGUCUGUCUGUCGUGAGUUCAGCUGAACAGCCUUGUGUCCUUGCCCUGCUGGGGCUGGCUCUUUGCCUGCCUCUUGCCCUCUGUCUGAGCCUCUGGGAUGGCAGACUGAAGUCAGAAGUGCUGUUUCAUUCAGUCCCCUCAGCAGCAGUGGGGGACGCUGUGCUUCUAACAACAGGUUCUUUCUCUCUGGCCCUCACCCAACAGCCUGGAUGCAUGCCACUCCUCCUUGACAGCCCUCCCCCUUGCUAAAAGGAUAUGGAUGACAGAGGGGUUGUUGUUGGUAUUGACCCCCACUGCCUGACACCCACAGGAUUUAUUUAUUUGGUGGGCUAAAUGGAAGCCCAGCUACUUGGAUUUUCCUUGACUAAUGAACAGAGUGCCUAGCAGAGAGGUAGUUUUGGGGAAGGUACCAGGAGCAUAGAAAGAAGAUGCUAGCCAGGCCUUCCAAUCCAGCCUGGUUGAGAGAGUGACAAGCAGUCCAACCAGAUAUUUCUUUUGGCUAAGCAAGAUUCUGCAGAAGAGAUGACCAGAUGGGCCUCUUCUGCAUACAAGAACUGAUCUCCAGCACCAAUCUUGUCCUGAGCAAUCGUGUGAUCCCCAGUUUGUUUUCAGCACAGGAAAGACAUUCCUAACCCCUGUGGCUCAUGCUUCACACCCACCCACCACACACUGAGUGUGUGCCUCAGUUUUCUUUGGAGAUGUAGUUCUAAUUUCCAAAGCACCUCUCUUUCAGAACAAAAUAAGAAAUUACCUAACACUAGUUCCUUUUAAUAUUUAGCACUGUUUAUAUGUUUCAUUUUCCCCCAAAGACUUAAAUGAAAAAUGGUUUCUGGUUUAAAUCUCAAAUAAAAGUAAUGAGAAGCUG